GGAAGCUAUCCUGACAUCAUAAUGAAAACCCUCUAUGCUCGCUGGUAGCAACCGGAAGUUGUUUUUCCCUAGAACGGACAUCAGUUACGGGGCACUGGGACAUCCCGAGAGGACGUCACUAUCAUGGCUAAUGAGCUGGACGUGUUUGUGGGCAAUACCACCCUGAUAGAUGAGGAGGUGUAUCAGCUGUGGCUGGACGGAUAUUCAGUGAGUGACGCUGUCAACAUGCGCUUGAAGAGCGGGAUCUUGGAGCAGACGGGCGCUGGAGCUGAUGUCUUGGAGAGUGACACAAUGGAUCACUACCGAACCUUCCAGAUGAUUGAGAGGCUCCUUCAUUCUCCGCCGAAAUUAGUACAGCAACUGCUGUUCCAGAUACCUCCCAGCAAGCAGAGCAUGCUGAUAGAGAAAUAUUAUGCCUUUGAUGAAGCUUUUGUCAGGGAAGUUCUUGGUAAGAAACUUUCUAAGGGAACAAAGAAAGAUCUGGAUGAUGUCAGUGCAAAGACCGGGGUCACCCUAAAGAGCUGCCGGCGCCAGUUUGAUAACUUCAAGAGAGUGUUUAAGGUUGUGGAAGAGAUGAGGGGCGCCCUCGUGGAGAACAUUCAGCAGAACUUCCUGUUGUCAGAUAAGUUAGCCAGGGAUUACGCAGCUAUAGUGUUUUUCGCAAACAGCCGCUUUGAGACCGGGAAGAGGAAACUUCAGUAUCUGACUUUUGAAGAUUUUGCGGGUUGUGCUGGGCACAUAAUACAAAACUGGACACUAGGAGCUGUAGAUGUAGCAGAUGAUAUGGAUAUGGAUUUGGAUAAAGAAUUUCUUCAGGAUUUAAAAGACUUGAAAGUUCUAAUUACUGACAAGGACCUUAUGGAUCAGCACAAGAGUUUGGUUUGUACAUCGUUACGAGGAAAAAUCGCUGUCUUUGUUGAAAUGGAAGCAACAUUUAAGACCCUUUCUCGAGCGCUUGUGAACAUCGGGACUAGUCUUACCCAUAAUAAAGACGUGAGGGAUUUUUUUAUUGACCUUGUGGAAAAGUUUAUAGAGCCCUGUAAAGCAGCAGGGUGGUCUUUCUCGGACGUGCAGCUUUUUCUUAUACAGUAUACAGCUUCUGCACGUGCACUUGAUGCCUUCAAACAGCAAUCUCUGUGGGAGAGGUACAUGGUUACUCUGCGAAAUUGCCUCUUGAAGAUGUAUCAUAGUUAAGUCCAGCUACCUAAUGUAUCCGUAUUGGCUUCUAAUGAUGAUACUCAUUGUUACUUUACACAGUUAUCUGUUGAAGAUCACCAUUCCAACUGCCUGAUUUUUUUUUAAUAAUAUCUAAUGAUGAUACUCGGUUACUCUACGCAACUGGCUUUUGCAGAUAUAUCACAAUUCCAAGUACAUGAUUUUUCAGUAUUGGACUUUCUGUAUUUAUACUCAGUUACUCUGCUCAUUUGGUUCUUGAAGACGUAUCAAAAUUGACUCCAUAUCAACCUCCAAUGAUGAUGAUAUUGCUGUAUAAAGCGCCAUUAAUAACUAUACACCCCCUACACUUCCAGAGUAUGUUUCAAUUUUCCUAUGACUGGGACUUUUUUGUAACACCUCCCUUAUUCGAGCAAAGGGUGCUCACAGCGUGGCAAAAAUAUUCUAUUUGAAAAAUAUAUAUAUUUAUUAGGUAAAAAGUGUCCUGGAUGUACAGAUCACACUGUAAAUAUCUAAGUGUAUAUAUGUAUAUGGUUUACUUUUUUAAUAAAAUAUAUAGAAAGAUCUUAAAA